AUGUCGCAUACCGUCACGGUGAGAGGACGAGCUGGCUCUACUAAGGGAGCCCGUGCCAGGCCUGUCGAGCUGACCCUGGCCAAGCUUGAGCUGUUGUAUGAGCUCCGUCAAGAGGAGGCCGCCAACUGCCUGGGUAUCUCGCUCACGAGCCUCAAAAGCGCCUGCCGACGUCUCGGGCUGACGCGAUGGCCAUACACAAGAUCGAUCCGCUCCUCCUCCUCCUUCCUCCAGCAGACGGCGCAGGUGGCAGCAACUUAUGACAGAAGCAACGGACCUCGAGCAACAACACCAACACCUCAUCACGAUGCUCCUGCCUCCUCUCCGAUGCUGACUGGCUGCCCCCAUGAACUCGCCCAGGCUCCAGACGCUCAUCACGCCCAUGGCGCUUCGGUCCAGCCAGAGGAGCACUCUUUGACCGCCAGAGUGACGCUGGAGGAGUUGAGGAUUCUGGGAGAGUGGGACGAGGAGCAUAGCCAGCUGCUUGUCAACAACGAGUGGAUCGACUACAUUCUCAGCUCCGGCGAGUCAACAGACGUCGACAUGAGCCCUGGAGGGGCAAGCUCGAGCUCUCGAUCAGAGCGGACGUUGGAUGGACCUGCAACCAAGCAGGACUGCUGGCUGCGAUGCGCUCGCUCACAGAGUCCGGCCAUCGAGCAGGACGACGAGGCAGCAGCUGAUGCCGCGGCAGGAGGAGCUUGA